AUGCCAUCAGACCAAGACACAGAUGGGUGGCUUGGUGCAUUUGGAGGGAACCAAAGCGAGGCAGAAGGGCGCUUCCCGCACAAGAAGGAGACGCCCAUCGACAUGAGCUUCUGCCAGCUGCACUGUGUGAAUGCCCACCUCGAUACGCACCUGUGGUUUGACGUGAUUCGCUUCUGGGACCGCGACCCACACCACAAGUGGCCGCUGCGGUACCCCGACCCAGAGCUCCUCAACGCUCCAACGCCUAGCAACUUCGACCUGACGUCCCACACGCAGUGGAUGAGGAACCAUGCCGCCCCUGGUGGAGCCUCAGGAUACAGUUGCCCAAAGACCGUCCCGGGCACGGUGCCGAGCAAGCUGGCCAUGCUCGGGGUGACAGGCGACAAAGUUCAAGGCGACAACGACUCUGAUGAGGAGGAAGAGGGCGAGGAGGUUAGUGGCGACAUGUAA